AUGUUGUCUGUAUUCAAGAAUAACAUCUUUGGUUCAGCACUUUCCUCCGCUGGUCAAGUUCAACAGCGGGAAAUUGAUUGGUUUGUUUCCAACUAUUGGAUACUAGCGUCUCAGGCGGCCCUUCUAUCAGGAUUCGCAUCGCAAGCACUUGCAAAUAUCGACUUAUCGCUACAACCGUCGUAUCUGUUUGGGACUCUUCAAGCUGCACUUCUCACUACUGCCUUAAUGAGUCAUCUUUACGUCAUUGUUGCGUCCAGUUUCGCGUGUCUGUGGGCGCCUGCUCUUGCGUUAAGGGGGCCGAAGGGCAUCGAAUCUGCUCGGGAAGCAAAGGAAACGCUUGAAGAGCUUCUGCAUGGAAUUCUGGGAACACUUUCACUAGGCUUGUUCUCAUUCAUUCUCUCUGGUUUAAUCUCAUUGGUUGGAUCCACAAAAUCUGAAAAAACUGCCAAUCGAUCAAUUCUGGUUGUUGUAAUAACAAUUAUUAUUGUUCUUGGGAGUAUCAUCAAUUCGAUGCGCCUUUUUUACCACGGCAGAUCUUGUGACGUUGCCAUUAGAAUUUUAGAAACUGCUGAAGGCAUUGGAGACCUUGAUAAUAUAGAGUGUUCCUUAUAUCAGCAAGAUCCAUCAAUAGGGGAGCAUUUCUUACUCCAUCCCCCAUGA